AUGCCUCAAUCAGUAAUGCUCUCGGUGCCUCUCAAGGCUACCAACGAAAUCGACUGGGUCGCGCCGUUGAAGAACUACAUCCAAAACACUUACGGCGAUGAUCCCGAACGGUAUGCAGAGGAGUGCGCGACUCUCAAUCGUUUACGGCAAGACAUGAGGGGGGCUGGCAAGGACAGCACAACCGGUCGCGAUAUGUUGUACAGGUAUUACGGCCAGCUCGAGCUCCUCGACCUGCGGUUCCCCAUCGACGAGAAGCAUAUUAAGAUAUCUUUUACGUGGUUUGAUGCCUUCACACACAAAGCGACGUCGCAAUACUCGCUGGCCUUCGAAAAGGCUUCAAUUAUUUUCAACAUCUCUGCCGUCCUCUCUUGCCAUGCCGCAAUCCAGAACCGGUCGGAAGAGUCUGGGUUGAAGAUGGCGUACCAUUCCUUCCAGGCCUCCGCGGGGAUGUUCACGUAUAUCAACGAAAACUUUCUUCAUGCCCCUUCCUCCGACCUAAGCCGUGAUACCGUCAAGACCCUCAUUCAGAUCAUGCUUGCCCAGGCAACAGAAGUGUUCCUCGAGAGGCAGGUAAUGGACCAGAAGAAAGUCGGUCUCCUUGCUAAGCUUUCCAGCCAAGCCGCCUAUCUAUAUAACGAGGCUUUGGAAGGCGCCCAGGAGAAUGUCAACAAGGGUAUAUUCGAGAAAGUUUGGCUGCAGGUCGUUCAGGUUAAAGCGAACUUGAUGGGAUCGAUGGCCCAAUUCUUCCAAGCUCAAGCCGACGAUGACGCCAAUAACCACGGGAUUGCAGUUGGGCGUCUCCAGGCUGCUGAGCGUCUUGCCAGAGAAGCCAAUCGGAUAGCCAACACGAUCCCUACGUCGGUACCCCCGAGCUCCAACCUCCCCAGCGAUUGCAGCCUCAUCCUUGCGGAAAACACAAAGCGACAGCACACGGCGAUCAAUGAGAAGCUGCAGGAAUUGACCAAAGACAACGACUUUAUCUAUCACCAGCCUGUCCCAUCCGAAUCUGGACUUUCGCCUGUACCCAAGCUGUCGGCAGCCAAGCCAAUUCCCGUCACUGAGCUCUAUGCCGGCCAGGAUAUCCAGCGGAUAACGGGACCGGACCUCUUCUCCAAAAUCGUGCCUAUGAAUGUCACUGAGUCGGCUAGUCUCUAUGACGAAGAAAAAGCCAAGUUGGUGAGAGCCGAGACGGAGAGGGUUGACACCGCGAACGGCGAGAUGGCCGCUAGCCUGGACUAUCUUCGCUUACCUGGCGCCCUUCAAGUUCUCAAGGGUGGGCUUGACCAGGACGUUGGCCCGGAUGACGAGUUCAAGACUUGGUGCGAGGACGUCGCCGGACAAGAAAAUCCGUCUGUGAUUUUAGACUCCUUGGAAGCCCAAAAGCUGGCGCUUUUCAGGGCUCUGGAAAGCUGCAAAAAGGAGCUCGACAUGGAAGAGAGCGUGUGCGAAAAGAUGCGCUCCAAGUAUGAGGGGGAAUGGACGCAGCAGCCGAGCUCGGCGCUCACGACGACCCUGAGGGGAGAUAUCCGGAGCUACCGAGAGGCGUUGGACGAGGCGUCGCGGACGGACUCCCAGCUCGCGGCGAAGCUGAGACAAAAUGAGGUCGACUUUGACGAGAUGCGGGCUGCGUCGGAACGUAACGAAGUUGAUCAGCUGUUCCAGCGAUCGUUGAACAAGGUUCGGGGGAGAUCGAGCAACAAUGGUAGCCCUCUGGACGAGCCGAAUUUGCUGGAUGCCGACUUUGAUGAUGGUCGACCGAGUGUCAUGGACCAGAUUUCUAAGGUUGAGCAGAUCUUGAAGAAGCUCGACCAACUCAAACGAGAACGUAACCAAGUGCUUAAGGACCUCAAGGAGAAGGUGCACAACGAUGACAUUUCUCAGAUCCUGAUCCUCAACAAAAAGUCGAUUCAAAACUACGAGACGCAGCUCUUCCAGUCAGAGCUGGAAAAGUUCCGGCCGCACCAGAACCGCCUGCUGGCGGCAAACCACAAACAGUCCGUAUUUAUGAAGGAGCUCACGUCGACGUUUAACACGUUGCUACAGGACAAGAGGGUGAGAUCGGAACAGAGCAAGUACGAAAACGUGCAGCGGCAGAGGGCGGCCGUGGUCAAUCGAUACAAGCGAGCGUACCAGGAAUUCUUGGACCUAGUGGCUGGUUUACAUAGCGCCAAGAACUGGUACUCGGAGAUGAAGGAGACGAUCGAUAGCCUCGACAAGAACGUGCAGUCGUUUGUGAAUAACCGGCGAUCGGAGGGCGCGGCGCUCCUCACGCAGAUCGAGAAGGACAGGACGGCGAACCAGUCGUCCCAGGCCGAGCUCGAGCGGGAAAGGCUUCGGGAGCUGAUGGAUCGUAUGUCGGUCAAGCCUCAAGGGGGAUCGCCGCAACCGCAACCGCAAGAGGCUCGACGAGCGCCUCCGGCUCCUCUGUUCGCGCAAGGGAGUGCUCCUCGAUACUCGGACCCGUUGUACGCGAGCCAGUACCCGCUGCCGACAUCGCCUCCGCCUCAUCAGGUGAACAUGCCGUCGACGUAUGGCAAUUAUGCGGGGCAGCGCCAAUCUGUUGGGGCAUACGGUCAACCAGCGGCGUAUAAUCCGAGACAAUACGGCAUGAAUCCUGGGCCGACAUCGCCACCGCCGACUCAGACGUCAUUUGGUCACACCGCUAUGCGGGGGCCGGCCUCUCCGCCGCCGACGCAGACAUCGUUUGGACAACCUCUCCCUGGAUAUGUCGGUUACGUGGCCCAGCCCAGUCAGCAGGUGCCGCAAGGUCAGCCGGGUAGACCAGCUUCGCAGAGCCUGCCGCUCGGGUUCGUGCCUCCACCGCCGCCUCCCGGACCUCCGCCGCUGGGACCACAGCAGACGAUCCAUUACGGAGCCCAAGACUACCCGGUUCAGAACCAGCAACCGGGAGGGCCCGGAGCUGGGGCUGGGGCGGGUCAGCAACCACACGAUCCUUGGGCGGGACUCAGCGCGUGGAAAUGA